CUGGAGGGGCGUAAAAUUUCUACCCCUCACCACGACGAGCGACCCGACACGACGCGGAACCCACGCCCGAUCGCACACGAUGGCUACCUACCAGAACGGCGUGGCUCCGGCCCGCGCCCUCGAUGACGAUAGCGAUGUCGAGGAGGAGGCCCUGGUGGCCGAGUACAAGGAGCACGUCCAGUACGAGGAUGGUGAUGACCUCAGCCGCACCACCUCUCUGAACCUGGCCCAGCAGACCGACGAUAUCCAGGCCCGCCUCGUCCAGGCUGCUCAGCCUCUCGACUUCCAGGCCCCUCUCGAGACCAAGUUCCAGAGCUACGAUGCGUACUGCAGUCUGUUCCACUACAUCCUGAACUCGGACGGUCCCGUUGACCUUGAGCCUCCUUCGUACUACUGGGCUUGGGAUGUCAUCGAUGAGUUCAUCUACCAGUUCAACUCGUUCUCGUCGUACCGCAUGCGAAUUGCCCGGCAAACAUCCAACGAGGAGGAGCGCCAGGCUCUCCGCGAGAACCCCAACACAUGGGGCUGCUACAGCGUCCUCAACGUUCUCUACUCCCUCAUCCAGCGAUCCCAGAUCACCGACCAGCUGGCCGCUAUGAAGCGCAACGAGGACCCCAUGGCUGUUGCCGGCGACUACGGUUCCAAGAACCUGUACCGAAUGCUCGGCUACUUCUCCAUCAUUGGUCUCCUCCGGGUCCACUGUCUUCUGGGAGACUUCAGCCUGGCCCUCAAGACCCUCGAUGACAUCGAGCUCAACAAGAAGGCCAUGUUCGCCCGUGUGAUGGCCGCCCACUUCACCACCUACUACUAUGUGGGUUUCUCCUACAUGAUGCAGCACCGCUACGCCGAUGCCAUCCGCAUGUUCAGCCACAUCCUGGUCUAUGUGUCGCGAACCAAGAACUUCCAGAAGAGCGCCCAGUACGACUCUAUCACCAAGAAGAAUGAGCAGAUGUACGCCCUCAUUGCCAUCUGCGUCGCUUUCCAGCCCACCCGCCUGGACGACACCAUCCACAGCGCCCUCCGUGAGAAGUACGGUGACCAGCUUCUCAAGCUCCAGCGCGGUGGCCCCGAGUCCCUCCCAAUCUUUGAGGAGCUCUUCCGCACCGCCUGCCCCAAGUUCAUCUCCCCCGUUCCUCCGGACUUUGAGAACCCCGAGGCCAACAUCGAUCCCGUUGAGCAUCACCUCGCUGUCUUCAUGGACGAGGUCAAGACCAACAUGUGGAGCCCCACCAUCAAGUCUUACCUCCGACUCUACACCACCAUGGACCUCAACAAGCUCGCUGGUUUCCUCGAGGUGAAGCCCGAGGAGCUGCGAUCAUGGCUCCUGGUUACCAAGCAGCGCACCAAGCAGCUGCGAUGGCAGGACCAGGGUCUGCUCGAGGGUGAGCUCGUCAACGUUAGCGACCUUGACUAUGCUCUCCAGGGUGACCUGAUUCACAUCUCGGAGGCCAAGGUUGGACGCAAGCUCGUGGACUGGUACCUCCGAAACCUGUCCCGCACCUACAACUGA